CCUGGAUUCCAGUGCACCCGUCCCUAGUUAUAGUAGUAGUAACCGAUGCUACUAAAAUUUCGUGAUUGACCCAGUCUCACUGUAUUUGGGACCCACGUCGAGCAUGACCUACGUGUCGUCUAGGUAAAACUCAUCUUUCUCUUCGCGUAAACCCCUCGAUGUAUGUACUGUAGUACUGUACCAUUCAUCUGUAUUCACUGUUUGUCAAGGCACAGCGGCAGUCACCAGAAAACCAGACGAAGAGGUGGUAACUUCAACUUCACCUGUCCUGGUCACACCUCCCCGGCUGCUCCCAAUUCUUCCUCCUUCCCCUCCCUCACCCCUGGAAGCAAGUCUCCAUCUGUGCAGUCUCUAUCACGGUCACGCUCUCCACCACACCACUCCACUCCUCGUAUGGAGCCGUGCUGCGUGCUCCGCGUCGGCUGGCGUCUCGAACGCUUGCGCGACUUUUACCUGGCCGCGGCGCUGUGUGCGGCUGUGCUCGCGCUGGCGCUGGCUCCCGCUUCGGACGCCACGUCGGCGUCGCUGGUGGGCAUCAACUACGGCCGCGUGGGAAGCAACCUCCCGCCGCCGCAGUCCGUGCUGCCGCUGCUCGAGACCCUCGGCAUUGGCCGCGUGCGGCUUUACGACGCCGACCCCACCGUGCUGCGCGCGUUCGCCAGGACCGGGGUCGAGCUCGUCGUCGGCGUGCCCGACCAGUGCCUGGCCGCCGUCGCCGACCCGGGAGGCGCCGCGCAGUGGCUCAAGGAGAACGUCGUGCCCUUCCUGCCGGACACCAAGAUCGCCGUGCUCACCGUUGGCAACGAGGUGCUUACCGGCAACAGCUCCGCGCUCUCGCGCUUUCUGCUCCCGGCGAUGCAGUCCCUGUACGGCGCGGUGGCGGCGCUCGGCCUCGACAAGCAGAUCGCCGUGACCACGGCGCACAACCUCUGCGUGCUCGGCACGUCCUACCCGCCCUCGGCGGGGGCCUUCCGCAAGGACCUCCUCCCGUACCUCUGCCCCAUCCUGGACUACCACGCCAGGACUGGGUCGCCGUUCCUCGUGAACGCCUACCCGUACUUCGCCUACUCCGGCGACCCUAAGGGCGUGCAGCUCGAGUACGCGCUGCUCGAGCCGGGCUACGCCGGCGUCCCCGACCCCAACUCCGGGCUGCACUACCCCAACCUCCUCGUGGCACAGGUGGAUGCCGUAUACCACGCCAUCGCGGCGGCGAACACUGCGGCGUCGCAGGUGGUGGAGGUGCGGGUUUCGGAGACCGGGUGGCCCUCCGCUGGGGCUCCCAACGAGACGAGCGCGACGCCGAAGAAUGCGGCGCGGUACAACAGCAACGCGAUGCGGCUGGUGGCCGAGGGUAAGGGCACGCCGCUCAAGCCCGGGGUGCCGCUGCGUGCGUACGUGUUCGCUCUGUUCAACGAGAACCUCAAGCCCGGGCUGGCAUCCGAGCAAAACUACGGCCUGUUCAAGCCCGACGGCACGCCGGCGUACGAGCUCUCGUACAAGCCGCUACGCGACAACUCUACCAUUGGUGGCGGCGGCAACGGCGGCGGCAAUGGCAACAGUGGGUACAUUACCGGCGGCGGAAACGGCGACUACUACGACAUCUCUGUUGCGGCACGAGACCUUCCGGGUCGCUGGUGGAUGUGUGCGCAGGCUGCAGUGACAGGAGCAGUAGCUGUCCUGAUGGUGGCAGUAUGGGAUCAUCGAGUGGUGGCGUCUUGAUGGCAGAUUGUUAGGGGUAGGUAGAUGGGAUGGAGCUGUGCAGCGGUCCCGGAGCCGUGGCAACGAUGAUGGUGAUCUGAUUUCGUGCUACUCCUGUGUUGUGAUUUCUGAGACCGAACUUGGAGUCAGCUAAUGCUUUUCAGUGCCAUCCAAGCUAUGGUUUAGCAGCACUGGUGCAGGUUUUCAGUUUGGUUUUGCCUACAAAACCUUGCAAAGCACUGUGUUUGUUUUAUCAUUUGAUAUACAUAAUAA